CUGUGGCUGGUGUAGAUGUGGACCCUGACUUGGUGCAUAUGGAGAUGCAGGACACAAGUGGAGGGUACCUGUAUGUAACCUGUCUGAUCCAGAACUGCUCAGACAAGACUGUAACGGCUCAGUUCCUGGGGAAGAUUGACCACAACUCUCUCUCAGUCCAGGACGACUACAUAUUUGUCAAGGUGACCACAGGAAACCGUACCAAGCACUACGUCUCAUACCAACGGAACGAGUUUGUGCAGAUGAGUUUCCCGAAAUACGCCCUACCAAAGGACGUCCACAUAGUGAGUACGGAUGAGAGCCAGGUGUUCCUGGCCCUGCAAGAGUGGUACCAGACAGACAGCUACAACCUGUACCAGUCGGACCCGCAGGGUGUUUACUACUCCGUCGUGCUGGAGAACGUCCGCAGUGCCAAGCAGCCGGAGGAGAGCGUCGUUAUAGACAUACUGGAGGUGCGCGGGAUCAAGGGGGUCUUCCUGGCCAAUCAGAAGGUGGAUGGCAAAGUGCGAACUCUCAUCACCUAUAACAAAGGGCCGAGACUGGGAACCGCUAGCUCCGCCUACUACUGACAUGAACGGCAAACCGGUCAACUGCAAAUCAGUAAGGAAACCAUGCUCUACCCACAAUGCAGCAGCUUAAUACCCAUCAAUCUGCUGACAUGUAAGUGAUUACUUCCUGGGUGGAAGGCAAGAAGGGUGCAGUUUUAAGGUAUUCAAUCAGGCAAACCGUGGUCUCGUGAACAUCUACAGGGCUGGGUGACUGAGUCAUUAUUAGCCAUCGGUCCCUCAGACCAGAGAAAGUUUACCCAUAACUUUUUUUAGAACAUCCAUUACUCCUUCCCUCGUUUGUAUCUGCUCCUCGUUUGUAUCUGCUCCCGUUUGUAAUCUGCUCCCUCGUUUGUAAUCUGCUCCCUCGUUUGUAUCUGCUCCUCGUUGUAUCUGCUCCUCGUUUGUAUCUGCUCCCUCGUUUGUAUCUGCUCCUCGUUUGUAUCUGCUCCCUCGUUUGUAUCUGCUCCUCGUUUGUAUCUGCUCCUCGUUUGUAUCUGCUCCUCGUUUGUAUCUGCUCCUCGUUUGUAUCUGCUCCUCGUUUGUG